AUUUGAGAAAUGGAGGGAUAUCAACCACAGGGAUUCCAGCCAUGGUCAGGGAUGGCUUUGAUAAGCUAUAUUAUCACAUAAGAGGAGCUGUCAUUUAGGGAAUCCACGGCUGUUGCCAGCAGCGCAACAGUAGAUGAGGAGACCUCUACCGAUAUCGAGUCUUAAGUGAUCCCUCGGUUAAAGUGACAGAUAUUGUUUUUGGUUAAGUAUUGUUUAUGUAUUGCACUCCUGUAGUGCGCGCUCACAUGCACGCCGCAGGGCUUCACCUAUCGCUCGCGCGAGACAGAGAAGAGCCCUAUGCGGCAGCGGACAGCGCGCGACUCUAUAGACGCUGGCGUUUGAGGUUUGUCCAAAACACGAUCCGCAAGUUAAGCUCCUAGUGCAGAAGAUGAUGUUGAGUAAAUAAGCUGUCAUCUCAGAGGUUCUUCUGUUUCCUGUGCAACAAGUAUGCUACCGAAAGAGCAACACAGUGAGGGCAAGGCAACCAAAACCCCUUGCUAUGAACGUACAGUCAAUUCCAUGAUGAAGGAAAAGAAAGAGGUUGUGGACGUAGUCCCACCAGAUGGAGGUUGGGGUUGGAUGGUGGUUCUGCAUUGUUUCCUGGUGAACGUGUUGGUAAUGGGCACGCUGAAGAGCUUUGGGAUCUUCUUUGUGGCAUUGCAGGAUGAGUUUGGAGGCUCGUCUGAGAGCAUCAGCUGGAUUGGAUCCAUCAUGUCCAGCCUCAGGCUCUCUGGAGGCCCAUUGGCUUCUGUGGCCUGUGCCAAGCUGGGCAACAGGGUUACCUCAAUACUGGGGGCAGUUCUCGUCAGCACUGGAUUUCUCACCAGCAUGUUUGCCAACAGUGUGUUGUACCUUUACAUUAGCAUGGGUCUGAUUGUAGGUCUUGGGUUUGCACUUCUUUAUCAGGCCACAUCUGUUGUAAUAGUGAUCUAUUUCCGGAAGAGGCUGGCAACUGCAUAUUCCAUUGGACGCUCUGGCAUGGGUCUGACCUUUGCCCUCGCUCCUUUCACUCAGCUGCUUUUGGAUCAGUAUUCUUGGCAGGGAGCUCUGUUGAUUUUGGGUGGUCUGAUGCUGAACCUGGUGGCCUCUGGGAUGCUUCUGCGGCCCAUUAAUGUUAGACCUGCAGACUCUCCCUCCGCAAACUCCAGCCUUGAUAAAGUCUCUCACGGAUCUGAAAAAGACCCCUUUAAGAACAGCAUGAAUGGAAACACACCAGUGUCCAAUGGCAUCUCCAAAAUGGAUAGCUCACCCUCCAAUCAUAGGGAUACCCUUAUCAUAGAGAACCCAACACAUGGGCAGAACACUCCCCCACAUUUGAAACUAAACAAACCCAUUCAGAAUUGGGUGAAUGGAACAGAUAGCAGCCAAAUUAAGUCUGCCCCUGAGAUUAAUGGGGUUUCUCCUGUGGAUACUUUACUUGAAAAGACCAGAACAGAAAAUAUCCCUACAAAACCCAAAAAACUGUUGGACUUCUCUCUUUUGAAGAACCCUUUCUUUUGUAUCUACACCUGGUCAGUGAUAUUUAGUCAGUUGGCCUAUUUUAUCCCUUACUUCCAUUUGUCUGCAAGGGCCCGGAACCUGGGUAUCGACCCCAUGGAUGCUUCCUUCAUUAUCUCUGUGGCUGGUAUAACAGAGACAGUGGCUCAGCUUGCAUCUGGCUGGGUGGCCGACAGGAAUCUUGUUCACAAAUAUCACUACCAUAAGGCCUACCUCAUCCUGUGUGGUGUGGUUAAUCUUCUGUCCCCUCUAGCCACCUCCUACAUCUUGCUCAUGUUCUACGCUGUCUUCUUUGCCAUCUUCUGUGGGGGGUACAUGGCCCUUCUACUUCCUGUACUGGUGGACUUGGUGGGUCCUGAAAAGCUAAACAACUCGAUGGGGUUCUCCAUGUUCUUUGUGGGGCUUGGCUGUCUAACAGGUCCUCCUCUGGCAGGCUUCCUGUAUGACUACACUCAGACCUAUGACUGCUCCUUCUACCUGGCAGGUGUAUGUUACCUGUUAUCAUCAGUUUCUCUUUUCCUGGAGCCACUGGUGAGACGCUGGGAAGCCAGAAAGAAACGACAGGAGACUCUAAAUGAAGAGUUGAUUUGGAGUAACGGCUGUUUCUGCACGGCACCUCAGAGAAAGUUUGUCAUAUAAAGGAA